GCGACAAGGAACCAAGUGGAGCCUCUCCCAAAACAUACUCUCGAGGAAGUUCAUUGGUGGGCGCACUUUUUAGCACGGGAGAGCCCAGAGUCCUUCAGGACUCAUUUGAGAGCUUUUCCUCCAAUGACCCUACCCUCCACUCUCUGUUGAACUUGAUGGUCAGCAGUGGUCAUCUCUGGAGCGAUCAAGUAUGCAAUGAGGACACCUACCUCAAAUCACGGCUGGGACUUUUCUUAGAAACCUGGACGGAGGGGUUAUCUGUGGUGCUUUUGGAGGGCAAGGUUGCUUCAAACAGGACAUUACAAAUCUGGGAUGACAGAACCAAGCUUGGUCAGGAGAUGAAACUUGCGCUGGACUCGAUCCUGAAGCUUCUUCCAGAAGAAGAUGUUUGUGUUGUUGGCAUCCUCGUUCGAGAACCUCUGAUUGAAUUUUUCAUAAUGAAGAUAUGUGCUGAGGGAACAUACAUCUUGCGCCGGUUUGCGGUUUGUUACAUUGCUACUGAUCCUUUGAACGUGCUACCCAUCGUUACUCUGAUGAAGUCAUUUCAACAUGCGCAAUUAAAGGUCAAGAAGACAGUCUCUGCUAUUCGUCGUGUGAAGGUUCGCCCAAGCACAAGUCCAAAAGUGCCUCUCUCUUGGAUCAGGCCAUCCUUCAACAAGCCAACAAGGACACUCGUUCGUGAUGGCGAGUAA